CUGGCCACUCGUUUUUAUAUUCAUAUUUUCUCUGUUUUCAUUUCAUUAUUUUCUUCUUCUCCCUUCGAUUUCUCCAGAACAGCAAGGGAGAAUCAAUUCCUCAUCGUUGCAAUUUUUCUUUCACUCUCUAGAUUCUCAUCUUUCCUCUCUUCUACCCCUUCAGAAAAAACCAUGUCUUCAUAUUAUAUGUAUAUCUAGCUCUUCAUUUUUUCUUGCUCAAGAUUAUGCUGUAAAAUUCUGAAACUCACAGUUUCAGCCACAUUUUAGACUUAAAGAUCUGCGCGUUGACCCUUGGCAGGUUCAGCUUUUGGAGUUGUUCAUCCUCAUAAGCCUUUGAUUAGUCCAAGUUUUUCUUUUUUCUCUCUCUCUCUCUCUCAAGUUCAAAGUUUUGUUUCCUUUUUCCCGUGUCUUUCUCUCUCCCUUGCUGUGGACUUGUGGAAUGCUAAGGUCAGAGAUUUCUGAGACAUGUUCUAGCAGACUUUUGGUGAAUUGGGUCACUGUGGUUUCUGUCAUGGGUGGCAGAGAAUCUGGAUCCUCAGAGAUCUAAGCCUCUCUCUCUGGUGUUUUGUUCAUCACACACCCUUUUGUCUGGCAUAGUCGUGAAAGUGAAAGAGUGAGAGAAGAUGAUGAGAAUGAAAAAUAUCAAUAGUAGUAAUAACAAUAAGACAAAUGGUCUUUCUUCCAUCAUUAACAAUGGAGGUUCAGAUGGUAACAGAGCCGAGCCUGGUUCAAAGGAAUGGGAGAUGAGGCCAGGUGGAAUGCUGGUUCAGAUGAGAACAACUGACUCGGAUCGGAACUCAGCACUUGUGCCCACAAUUAGAGUUAGGGUCAAAUAUGGUUCAAUUUAUCAUGAAGUCAACAUUAGUUCACAAGCUACAUUUGGGGAGUUGAAGAAAAUGCUGUCUGGGCCAACUGGGUUACACCAUGAAGAUCAAAAGCUGUUAUACAAAGACAAGGAGAGGGAUUCAAAGGCUUUUCUUGACAUGGUUGGGGUGAAGGACAAAUCCAAGAUAGUGCUAGUGGAAGACCCUAUUAGUCAAGAGAAGAGGUUGUUAGAGAGAAGGAAGAAUGCUAAGAUGGAGAAAGCUGCAAAGUCGAUCUCAGAAAUCAGCUUGGAAGUAGAUAGGCUUGCAGGACGGGUAUCAGCCUUUGAGUCAAUUAUUAGCAAAGGUGGGAGAGUUGUGGAAACAGAUUUGCUUAAUCUGAUUGAGUUAUUGAUGAAUCAAUUGCUUAAAUUGGAUGGUAUAGUAGCUGAUGGGGAUGUCAAAUUACAGAGGAAAAUGCAGGUAAAAAGAGUUCAAAAGUAUGUUGAAACUCUGGAUGUGCUGAAAGUUAAGAAUUCCAUGCCUAGUAGCAAUGGAGGCCAUGCCCCAGUGCAGCCUCAACAGAAGCAUUCAAAUGGGCAAAGGCAGGGACCAGUUCAAGAGAAAAAACAACAAAAGCAUUCAAAUGGACAUCAUAGAUUGGCCUUAGCACCAAUUCAGGAGCAGGAACAACAACAACCCUCAAGGAAUUCCACCUCAGGAGUUGUAGUUACCACAAAUUGGGAAUUGUUUGAUUCUGUCCCACCAUUAAUCCCUGUGCCAUCCACAUCCCCAUCACCACACCCCUCGGUGACCAAUAAUUCAGGUCCUCACAAGUUCAAUUGGGAAUUCUUCAACCAAUUACCAUAGUGUUUUACUUGUGUUGAUACGAUUUGGGUUUGUCUUCCACUUGGAGUGUUAUAUGUUUUACAUUCUUUUCUGUAUUUAGAUUUGUUUAGCAACCCCUAUAAUCUGUCAUUUACUUCAGAAAUAAAUGGGGUUGAUAUGAUAGUGAUUAUCAUAAAAAAAGUUACAUUUCUGUGAUUUUGGUGUCCACCGAAUUCAUUUACCUGUAUGGGCCUAUUUUUUAUGGAUAUAUUAUAUAUAAUAUUAUUGUAAGCAUUUGUAACUUUGUUAAUAGAAACAUUAGGAUUUAGCCA